AUGGACCGCAACGACAUGAUGGUGCGCAAGAUGGCGCUGCACUUGCUGCACGUGAGCCUCGCCAACGAGUCGCCGCGCGUGCAUGCGUCGUGGACAGAGUUUGUCCAGUGCUUUGAGGUCGUCCACUUCCACCAGGAGCAGCACCUCCUCGAGCAGGUCUGGCCGCGCAUCACGGCGCUCCUCGCGUCGGCGCUCGUGGCCGCCGCGACGACCGACGAUCUUUUAUUUGCGCACCCGCUGCCGUUCGAGUGGUUCCAAAGCAUCUUGAACCGGUGCUGGCAGCACGACAACCCGGUCGUGCGCCGGCUCACGCUGGUCGAGAGCAUGAAGGCGGUCGUCGACGCCGACGCGUUCCAGGGACCGCUCGCGCCCAGCGCCGUCGAGUUCCUCACAAAGGACCUCCUCCUCGCGCUCAACGACCCGUUUCUGUACAAGCACGACAAGUACCAAGUGAAAGCGACCGCGACUACGUUUCUGGCCGCCUUGCUCACGCACGCGACGAGGACGACGCAGCUCUCACCGCUGGCGUACGUGACGGCCGUCCAGAGCGCGAUCUUUGGCGACGACGUGCGCGGCAACUCGCCGGACGCGCUCCUCGCGAUGCUCGGCGCGUUCCAGCACCUCGACAGCCGGCUGCAGAUGGACGCGCCGACGUGGUCGAUCCUGCGCUACAUGGUGCAAGCCCACGUGCUCCAGUCGUUCCCGCACUCGAUGAAGGUGCUCGUGCCCCUUCUGCAGCACAUGCUCUUGGCGCUGACGCCGUCGUUGCCCCUCGACGUCCUCCUCCGCGUCCUCGCGCUCUUCCCCACGACGCACCUCGCGACGCACCAAGCCGAGUUUGGUGCGUAUCUGCGCCCGUACGCAGCAUCGAUUGACGCGGCGUUUGCCUCGUACUUGGCCCACGACACGGCCGCGCCGUCGCCCAUGUACCUUGCGCGGCUGUACCUGAUCACGCCGCUUCCCCUCCACUGGGCCGCGACCGAGAAGAAGGACGUCUUGCACUUGAGCGAGCUCUUCCGCGCCUUGCACGAGGUGUCGCCGCACGGACUUGUGACGGAGAGUCUCUUGGAGGCAUUUCCGCCAGGGCUGGCGCAGCUGGAAGAAUGGCUGGCGUCGAGUGAGACGCAUGACGUCGAGCUCAGCGAGCAAAUGAGCGUCGUGUACUUGGUCGCGCACCUCGCACUCCACCGCAUGCUGGAAAGCGGCAACUGCGACUUUGCUUUACAGCUCAACGACGUGCUCGCGGCCGGUUUGACUUGCACGUCGCCGAGAACGCAGGCGCUGGGUCUCUCGGCGCUGGAGCUCGUCGCGUCCGAAGGCAUGCUGCUCGAUUCCAUGGCCGUCUUCGACCCGAUGACGCUCGUGCCGACCUUGCUGCGAUUGACGCCGGCGCGCGGCAGCCUUGUGCACGUGAGCGUCAAGGCCAAGUUUGGCAUUCUCGCGUCCGUGCUCGAAACCUGCUGGGCGCUCGAGACGUCGCUGCUCCGCGAGACGCUCCGCGUCGUCCUCGACGGUCUCUCGACGGCUGGGAGCGACCCGAGCAUCCUCGAAGCCAUGGCGCGCGUCCUUGGCCGCGUGCUGCCCUACACCGUCUGCACCAUCGGAGACACCGAGGAACGAGAUCUCCAGAUCGACCUCGUCUUUGCCCAGGUGUGGGCUGCCUACAUGGACAGCCGCAAGCCCGACGGGCUCUCGUACGUUAUUGUCCAGUGUCUUUUUCAGCCGCGCCUCGUGACGCUCGCCGAGCCGUCGACGACGCUCAAGGAGUGGUUCCAUAAGUGGGCGUCGUGGGCCGAGACGGGGAAGCGCCCCAACGUCAUGUACCACCUCGCGACGACCCUCUGCGGCAUCUGGCGACAGUACCCGCAGAGCGCGAUCUCGUACCUCGACGAACUCGUGCGCCUGCUCUUGUACAAGGAGCCGUCGGUCGACGAGAAAGAGCGGAUGAUUUAUCUGGACGACGCGGCGCCACUCAAGACCAAGUUUGUGCGGUUUGUAGCGCUGGCGUUCGUCGAGGACGCGCCGACCGAGUGCGCGCCCAUCAUGGACGCGCUCAUCGAGAAGCUCCUGUCCCUGCAGCUCACGCCGGCCUUUGCCAAGCCGCAGAUGAUCAACAGCGACGGCUUUGGCAAGCAGCUGCGCAGCUGGCAGGCGCUCUGCAUUCUCUCUCGCUACCUCCGCGCCGACACGAUUCAAGCAGUGCACACGCACCUCUGGCGCGGCGCGUUUCUCAACCACAAUCUGCCGCAGAUCCGCUAUUACGUCGAGAUCUUUUGCAUGCGCGUCUGCGUGCUCUUCCCGACCUCGUCGUUCCCGUACGUGCACGCGCUCCUAAGUGACAUGCACCUCAUGCCGCAGCUGUCGGCGUCGACGCUCCUCAUUGCGGGCUCGGUGCUCCGGUGGCUGCCGGUCGAGUCCAGCCCGGAGCUCCACCUCAAGACGCUGCAGCUCAUGGCGCCCUGGCUCAACUCGGCGCACGGCCACACGCGCACGAUUGUGCAGUUUGUCAUGACGUCGCUGCUGCCGUACUUUCUCGCGCACCCAACGCUGGCGCCGCAAGUGUCGUUCCUCGAGGCGACGCUGCGCUUCCUCAGCACCAACAAGGAGUGCAAGCGCAUGUUCCGGCGCCAAACCGCCCAGAUGGCGAGCUUCCUCCCCGAGAAAGAGUGCGUCCUCGAAGGGCUCCUCGACCACCCGCUCAAUGAGUUUGACGAGAUCGUGCCCAUCUCGGUGCUCUGCCAGAUCAAGGAAACGCUCUCGGCUGCCUACGCGCAGUUCCUCCACGAAGACAAGGCCCAUGGCGGCCAGUACCAGACCAACGUCGCCGAGGCCAAGCGGCUCGCUAUGGCGCCAACGACCGAAGCGAGUGCCAGCGACGCGGCCAGCAGUGGCAUCGUGCAGCGCAAGAUCGAUCCGCACGCGACCGGCUUCCUCGAAGACAUGCUGGCCAUGUACGAGAGCGAGAACCUGCGCGAGAAGCAGGUGAACGCGCGCCGCGCCCGCCGGCAGUCGGUGAUUGUGUGUGCGAGUCUUGUCGACAAGCUUCCGAACGUCGCCGGCCUCGCGCGCACGUGCGAGAUCUUCAACGCGUCCAAGCUCCUCAUCCCGAACAUGGCCAUGACCCACGACAUUGUCUUCCGGCAGAUCAGCGUCACGGCCGACAAGUGGGUGCCCAUGGAAGAAGUCAAGCCCGACAUGGUCCGCACGUACUGCCGCCGCAUGCAGCGAGAGGGCUACACGAUCGUCGCGCUCGAGCAGACGAGCAGCAGCGAGAGCCUCACGACGUAUCAGUUUCCGGACAAGGUCGUCAUUGUCCUCGGCAACGAAAAGGAAGGCAUUCCCGUCGAGAUCCUCGACGCGGUCGACCACUGCGUCGAGAUCCCGCAGCUCGGCGUCAUCCGGUCGCUCAACGUGCACGUGAGCGGCGCGAUCUUGCUCUGGGGCUACACGCAGCAGCAGCUCGCGAAAGCCUUCUUGGAGUGCACGGGCGGCGACGUCGACGUCUUGGCGCUGACCCAGAAGGCGCGCAGCGCGGCCUCGAUCGCGUCGUUCUCGAGCAACGGCGCCACCCACUGGGCCACGUGGACGAGCAUGCUGUACGCCUCGUGCGCCCGGUCGUCGGCGGCGGCCGCCAAGAAGGCGCGGCAAAAGCUAUCGAUGAAGAUAUAA